UGUGUUCGUCUCUGAUCUUCGCGUUUGGUGGUUGGUGACCCGGCUGUGCCUUACCUCCAUUCGGAGCCUCUUUCGACAAACAAGGAGACCGCAGAUAGCGUGUGAGUUAGCUUUCGUUAGGUCUACACAAACCGCAGCACGGUGGUUUUCUUUGUGUUAUCCCUGUGUUCAUCUGCUUACUGCGAUUAAGACGUUCCAGACGAAGACCACGCCUCUGCCCUCACUCGCUGCGAAGGUGCUGUGAGCCGCGGCUACGCGAAGUUGCCACCCGAGGCUGCCUUUUGGGUACUGGCAUUUCCCGCUUCGAUUGGCCUAUACAGAAAUUGGCGCGGCGCUCAGGUGUUCGCCUGGUACCAGAAGUGAGCGUGCUUUACCGCGGCCGUAAGACAGGACGUGAGCGUUUUAGUGAUAUAGCUCAUCGGCGACUUCAACUUGAAAAGCCAUGCGGGAGGACGACUUCGAGGUGGCCCUGAAGGUGGUCGUUGUGGGCAACGGCGCCGUGGGCAAGUCCAGCCUGAUCCAGCGCUACUGCAAGGGCGUCUUCACGGCCGAGUACAAGAAGACCAUCGGCGUGGACUUCCUGGAGCGCCAGCUGAGCAUCCGGGGCGAAGACGUGCGCCUCAUGCUGUGGGACACGGCGGGACAGGAGGAGUUCGACGCCAUCACCAAGGCCUACUACCGCGGCGCUCAGGGAUGCGUACUCGCAUUCUCCACGACGGACAGGGAGUCCUUCAGGGCCAUCGAGUCGUGGAGAAAAAAGGUGGAACACGAGUGCGGCUCCAUACCAAUGGUGCUGGUGCAGAACAAGAUUGAUCUCAUGGACAGGGCGACAGUAUCCAAGGAGGAGUCCGAGGAGCUUGCCAGGAGAAUGCAGCUCCGGUUGUACCGGACAUCGGUCAAGGAGGACUUCAACGUCAACGAAGUAUUCCGGUACCUGGCCGAGCGGUAUCUAGACCAGAUGAACAACCCCGUCGACGACUACGUCCGUGGACCCCACUCCAAGGGACUCCACCCCGUGACCAACAAUCUUCGCAACGGUCACCUGCUGAAGCCAUCGCAGGCGCACCGGGACGCCAACACCAUCAGCCUUCACCGAAGGCUCAGGCCGUCCAGGAAAUCGCUGCGCCGCAGCUGCUCCUUACUCUGACACGAAGCCACGGCUCGUUAUCAGUCUUACAUAAAUUUUAGCAAGAGCACCGUCCACAUGCGGAUGAGAACAAGCCCGGACUCCCGGGAAGAUUCACUACGUCAUUCGGGGGCCCAUUACCAGCGCUUCGAGCAAGUGACGUCAUGUGACGCCUACGGAGGAGUAACCCCUACGGAGGAGUAACCCCUACGGAGGAGUGACCCCAGGGUUGCUUGGUUGGCUGACGAUGCACAAAGCGUUGGGUUUCGGCCGUCUAGUUUUUAUAUAACGGCCCUGCCCAAUCAUGGCGGAAUGCUGGACGCACACUUGCAGAGUUGUGCCUUGCCUUUUGGCCUUGACGUGGUGACUUCCGGAUUGCGACUAUCGCAUGGAACGCUUGUGUAUAACUUUAUGUGUGAGGCACGGACUUGAGUAGCAGUUAUAUUUGUUUAUUCAUUUUAUUUCUUGAAACAAUGCACUUCAUACAAGCGGAACGCUCGGAAACAGAGUAACCCUCCGUCCAUGCUAUCGUGCUGCAGCUUGUGCUUUGAAUACUAAUCAAUUGUUUUCCCUAAAAGCAAACGACAUUUCCUGCAAUGCUGAGAUGUCGCAUCGUAUGAAUUUCACUGAAGCGCAGAAUACAGCAUAUAUUCCACGAAAAAUAUUUCUAUCAUUCUCGUUGUAUUAUUAUAUGAACACUUGUGAUGCUAGGCCAGCUUCUAUUGGAUCAGCUUAUGGCUGAAUGCUUUUGUGCACCAGGCCUUGGGUAAGAACGACGGUACUGUCAAAGCACAAUUUCUGAGUUUGGAGGCUAUAGAUUGGUAUUCUACGGGAGCUUACGUGGGAGAUCAGUCGCACCAUUCACCUUAAUUUUCUUCUUGUACAAAGCGAUUGUACAGGUGCAUCUGUCGAUGUACAUGUAAGUGUGGUUACUCACCCGACAGUAUCAUCUGUGACACUUUAGGACGGCAUCAAGCAAAGCGCCUUAAGAAAUCCUUUUCUGGCGAUUACGAUGUGGCGGGCGGUUUUCCGCGUUCCUUGCUUACCAGAACACCAGCGUUAGAAACCAACGUGCCGGCAUUUAUUGACAGGCGAUCGCAAGGACGGUGCAAUGAAACAGAAGCUGCGGGAAAGAAAAAUGUAGCGUCUCUUUAUGGUUUACCGUUCUUGACAAUUCUUGUUCGGGAAGAAAUCGAGGACCCGUGCUUUUAGCUACAUUAACCGGCCAUAGCUCUACAAGGAAACCAAUGAUGCGUUAACGAGAGCCAAUCGUGUUAGUGGCUAAUAUUGCUUUCGUUUCAAUCUAAUUAUGAUUAUUUCCCUCUCAUCGUGAUGUUAACGUAGUGUGGAAAUAUCAGUAUGACAAGCGAACUUUUUGUGUCCGUAAUCAAGACAAGCGAGUCUGUCAGACCUCGCUCCUUCGACCUUACGAGUGCCUUGAAUGCCGUGUAACAUUAUGGUACUGCUAUGGACAGUGUGAUUUUUGUACUGUUAACAUGUGCAACUGCCCCCCUUUCCCCUUCCCCCCUCCUCCCCCACCACCGGCAGUGCAGUGCAGUGGUGGUCGUAGUGAACGGACAUGCUCAGAAACCUUCGAUGCUUGGAACACGUACUGCACGUAUUUAGAACUUCCACGUUAAAAAAAUUCGGUCGGUUCCUCGUGUUAUCGCAAAACUGGAAUCGUUGGAGAGUUAUGUCAUACAGAAUUACUCUCGCAGCGGGGGCUCCUCUUGCCUUUCAGGCACAACCCUGGGCGCUAGGUUAGCUUAUCGUUAUUGUGGUCCUUACGCUGGGAACCACUCGCAACACGUCUCCGAGUAGACGGUGGUAGGCGUCUUUAUGCAUAUCUCUGACGUCACAUUUAGCAGACUGCUGAUGUUUCGUGAUGUUCAAAGUGCGAAAGCGCUAGCUCGAGGUCGAAGGAGCUUGCGGUAAUGUUUCGACACAUAUCACUGCAGCAGACAUGGACCGUGUAUUUUAACGAGAUCACCCAGGUACCAAUUGUCCCUUUACAGCCUAAGCCACUGUUUGGCUGCAGUGAAGUGGGGGGUAUCACGAGAGUAUUUUGAUUGUUAAACACACCAGAGGCGAAGAUACAUGCUACCUCGAGUAGUGUUUUUAUAGUCCUGGUGACGUGAAGUGUUAUUCAGAACUACAGCAUUUUUCCGCGUGAGUAAGGCUGAAGAAAGUGCUUAGGUGAACCGAUGAGUUCAACGGAACGCAGUUUGUUUUUUAUUGAACGUGUUUGCGUUUUUAACCGCGUGUACCUUUACUCGGCCAUUUGUAAGCGGUGAACAAAUAAAAAAAGCUAU